GCCCUGCUCCUUUCGGCAAACUCCGGAAGCUUUGCCUUACUUGGCGGUAGGGGUGGUCCUGAAGGGAGAGAACUACUGGAAAAUGCUUCCGGAGCUGGCCGUUACCGGUUGGUGGCGGUUACUUCAGCUCCGAGUCUCAGGAUUAGCCUAAUAGGCCUUAAUUUCACUCUGAAAUUGGUAAUCGCCGCGUGAAGAACAGUGGUCGUUCUUACUUGAAACAUGUUUUUGAUGUAAUUUGAGUAAUUUUCCUCCAGCUGCUCUUUUAUUUGGUUGCUCAAUCGAUGAGAAACGGAAUCCAAAACAAACAGGAAACGAUACAUCAGUUCCGUCAAAUCGAAGGUUGAAUCUGAAGCACCGAAUUUGACUGAAGACAUCAUCGAUGGAUUUGCGAAAAAAUUGGCCACUCUCCCGAUAAACUGAGUGGGCACUAGGAGAUUGCCAUAUGAAUAAAGUUCUUGUCUUUCAGAGCUGUAAAGAAUUGGAAUCGGAAGAACCUGACGACCUCUUGUCUAAGCAAAUUACUGAACCCAUCAACAAAACUCCAUCUCCCGUCAUAGAGCAGGUCAAAGAAGCUAAAGCAUCGUUGUCAUCAUCUGGAAGCCUCUCACGAAGAAGUCUUAAAUUUGAGUCUCUGGCCACCAAAGAGGAUCCUAGUACGAUUCAACCAAUUGUGGAUGAUCUACUAUUGAUCAACGAAGCUGAAGUGGAGGACACUCCACCAAGUGAAAACGAUUCCAUAGACGAAAAGUCUACAGAAGAAAAUAAUGAGGAAGAAACGCACGAAGAGUUAUCUGCGAAGUCGAGAAUAUUAACGCAUUCUUUGCCUGAAUCCAGCAAGUCUUGUUCCCGCAAAUCAGGAAAAAUUAGGAUUAAUCCAACCAACCAAUAUCCUGCUCUUAAUAUAGUUAGUGUUGCUCUUAGUUCAGUGUGUUCAUGAAGACAUCGAAGGAAUACCGACGAAGCAGUUUCGGAUCAGUCCAGUAACUUCUUCUAAGAUCAGCAAGCAAUUUCUUAUUAAGAUCUUACCACCGUUUACACUGUCCAAACGUAAAACAAUGUCCAAUACACUUUUAUGAUACAGCGAAUUUGAUUGGCCGCUAUUGGCUUGACUUGAUUCUUCUCUUGAAAUAUCCUAAACAAUA